UAAAAAUCGGAGCGGAAGUGUGGGCGGAGCGAAGCAGACGACACGGCAAGAUGGCGGCGACCAUGAAGAACGUGGAAGAAAUUCGGAAUCGAGUAAUACUGGGGGAAUAUGGUGUGAAGAAUGUUCACACAACAGAUUUCCCAGGAAACUACCCUGGCUAUGAUGACACAUGGGAUAUGCAGAAAUUUCAAAAGAACUUCAGAAUUGACAUAGUGCAUCUGGAUGAGAACAGUAUGGAGUUUGACAUGGUGGGGAUAGAUGCAGCCAUCGCCAACGCCGUCAGAAGGAUCUUACUAGCAGAGGUGCCUACCAUGGCUAUAGAGAAGGUGUUUAUCUAUAACAACACAUCCAUCGUCCAGGAUGAAGUCCUGGCCCACAGAUUAGGCCUCAUCCCCAUCAAAGCUGACCCUCGCCUGUUUGAGUACAGGAACACUGGCGAAGAGUCUGCAGAGGAAGAAGGUUCAGAAAUAGACACAAUUCAACUGCAGCUGAAGAUUAAAUGCAGCAGGAACCCCAAAGCCAGCAAAGACUCCUCUGACCCACGAGAGCUGUAUCUGAACCACAUGGUUUAUUCCCGGGACAUAAAGUGGGUUCCCAUUGGGAACCAGGCAGACGUGUUUGCAGACUCCAGCAUCGGACCAGUACAUGAUGACAUCCUGAUAGCUCAGCUCCGACCGGGACAGGAGCUGGACAUUGUCAUGCACUGUGUCAAAGGAAUUGGUAAGGACCAUGCUAAGUUCUCUCCAGUGGCCACAGCCAGCUACCGCCUCCUCCCAGAGAUCACCCUGCUGGAGCCAGUGGAAGGAGAGAAGGCAGAGCGUUUAAAGCGCUGCUUCUCACGAGGAGUGAUCGACCUGGAAGAUGUCAACGGGAGAAAGGUUGCAAAAGUAGUGAACAGUCGCCUGGACACGUGCAGCAGGGAAGUCCUCCGACAUGAUGACCUGAAGAAUGUGGUGAAACUCGGAAGGCUGCGAGACCAUUUCAUCUUUACUGUGGAGUCGACUGGCAUCCUGCCUCCAGAUGUCCUGGUCACAGAAGCCAUCAAAGUCCUCAUGACCAAGUGUCAGAGGUUUCUCAAUGAACUGGACUCUACUGACAUGGAGUGAAAUAAUGACUGAGCGUGCACAGACCCAGAGAGGCUCUGACACUGAAAUAUGCUACAGCUCUAUUCGCUCUGUUGGAACUUGGCUGUAUUGACACAACCAAUUUUCAAAAAGUAGAUUUUGUUAUGGUUGCUUGUAAGUAUGUAUAUACUGUUGUCUCUAGUAUUUUGUAUGUCGUUCUGGAGUUACUGCAGCUUAGUUUCCCUUAAAUAAACAUGCUGAAUUUCAUUAAAACAUCACAAACAAUA